CCAUUUAAGCUCUCAAUUUACGCCGCCCCAAAGCUUUCUGCUUGUUGAACUCGAAGACCCCUUUCUUGAGAAUCCGGCGAUCUAAUUUUUUCCUCGGCGGAGAGAAAAUGGUUGUAGCGAAGAAGACGAAGAAGUCCCAUGAGGGAAUCAACAGCCGAUUGGCUCUUGUGAUGAAGAGUGGAAAGUACACUCUUGGGUACAAAUCUGUUCUCAAAUCCCUUCGCAGCUCCAGAGGUAAGCUCAUAUUGAUAUCUAACAAUUGCCCACCGUUGAGGAGAUCGGAGAUCGAGUACUACGCCAUGCUUGCCAAAGUUGGUGUUCAUCACUACAAUGGCAACAACGUUGAGUUGGGAACUGCUUGUGGUAAAUACUUCAGGGUUUCUUGCCUCAGCAUCGUCGAUCCUGGUGAUUCUGACAUCAUCAAGGCCCUCCCUAGUGAUCAGUGAUUGAUUCUCAUUUUGACUAUGAUUUUGCCUUGUUGUUCCCUCUAUGCUUUAUUAUGGAAAUGUGUUCUUCAAAGACUAAAUGUUAGGUUUUAUUUGGUUUCUAAAACUCCUCAAUGGUCUAAUUAUUACAACAUUUCGUCUCUGUUUGUGGAUUUGUUACAUGUGGAAAGGCCUGAGUUUAUUUAUGCCAA